AUGGUCAACCUUGGUGUCGCCGCGCUAUUUCACCUCAUUGCUUGGAUCACCCGGACAACUUCGACCACGUCUUCGCCGGGCUUCGGCAUCGGGGUCUACAACUCUUCGCAGACUCCUCCCGAUCUGCCUUGGGAUACCUACAACUACUGCAAUGCUCCUCAUGUCAAUGCAGAGCACUACUCUACCCCCGCGUCGCCCGACGGGUCCGAACUAGUGUAUCUCAACGUCAUCAUGCGCCAUCACAAACGGACACCAGAUAAUCUGUACCCUAAUGAGUACGAGCUGAAUCCGUCGUCUGGCUGGAACUGUUCCAACUUCCUUCAAUUCAACUACGGGGGCGGGGGCGCCCACGUCUUCCAUAACUUCGUCACGCCUCCCACGCAUCCGUUUCUAUCUCAGAUAUGGAAUGGAACGUGUGAUGAGGGUCAGCUCACCGAAGCAGGCCUGCAAGACGCGAUUCGCCACGGAAAGGACUUUUGGGGAGUCUAUCACGAUAAAGUAGGAUUUCUACAGAUGGUCGACGAGCGCGACAUAUACGUUCGCACGUCGGUCGCGGAUCGGACGUUCCAAGUGGCCAGCGGCUUCUUGUUCGGCAUGGACCCUGCAACAGUCCACAAGUCCUGGCCCGUCUUCACCGAGCCCUCCGUCAUUGACUCUUUGGUGCCAAACUAUGCGUGCCCGGGUGCAGACGCCAUCCGCGACGCCUACCAGUCGGUCCCGGCCUGGACCGAUCACCUCCAGCACAAUGCGGGCCUCAAGGCGCGGCUCGACGCGACGCUGGGCACCGCAGGCCUCGCCGCUUGGGCAUCCUGGUAUGACCACUUCUUCGACACGUUCACGUCCCGGACGUGUCACGGCCAUCCGCUGCCGUGUAAUGCUACGGGGGCGUGCGUCUCGGAGGCCGAUGCCAGCCGCGUCCAUGCGAUCGGCGACUUUGAGUACAACUACAUAUGGAACGCGGCCGAAAACGCUACAGCGUACACCCAGCUCACGUUCGGCGUGAUGUUCGGCGAGCUCGCGCGCAACUUUGCCUCCUUCCGGUCGGGCACCGAGACGCGCAAACUGCGGCUCUACGUUGGGCACGAUGGGUCCCUCAUCCGUCUCGCCGCGGGCCUCGGACUAGGCGCCGCGUCGCCGCUGCGGUGGCCCGCGCUGGGCUCGGAAAUCGUCAUGGAGGUGUGGAAGACCCCGGAGCAGCAGUAUUUUGUGCGCGUGUUGCAUGAGGGCACACCCGUGCAGGCUCUGCGGUGGUCCCCCUUGGAUGAUUUCAUAGAGCUUCUGCAGGCUCAGGUUCCUGACGAUAUCUUCGAAAGAUGCACACAGAGCUCAAGCUAG